AUGAGCGCGCCUACGGGUACCACCGAGCUGCCCGAACGGCCAAAGGAGGCCAAACCCCCAAAGAAAAAACCAGCGAAGCAGCCGAAAGAUAAUAGUGCCAAAAAUGCUAAUAAGGGCCCUAAAAAACAGGCAGGAGGUGCCGCUGGUAUAGAUGUCACCCAAGACCCCGAAUUUAUGUUCAAAGUCGGUUUCCUGGCCGAUGUGUAUCAAGAGAGACCGAUUUCAGAUAAGAUCCCAAAGGUUACCACGCGAUUUCCCCCCGAGCCCAACGGGUUUUUACACAUUGGCCACAGUAAAGCCAUUGCGGUUAAUUUCGGCUUCGCUCGAUACCACGGUGGCAGCUGCAUUCUGCGAUUUGACGAUACGAAUCCCGAGGGCGAAGAGGAAAAGUACUAUAAGGCAAUUGAAGAUAUAAUACAUUGGCUCGGUUUCAAGCCUAUCCGUGUUACAGCUGCCAGCGAUAAUUUCGAGAAGCUCUACCAGCUUGCCGAGGAUUUGAUCCGCCGUGAUGGUGCCUAUGUUUGCCAUUGCACAAAGGCCGAGAUAAAAGUUCAACGCGGUGAAGGAACUGGCGGCGAACGAUUUCCUUGCAGUCAUCGAUCACGCCCCAUUGAAGAAUCCUUGACCGAAUUCCGAGCUAUGAGAGAUGGAAAAUAUAAACCAGGGGAGGCUGCACUUCGGAUGAAACAGGAUCUAGAAAACCCGAACCCGCAGAUGUGGGAUUUAUUUGCCUGGAGAAUCCUCGACCAUGAGCACAAGGCUCAUUUCCGAACCGGAAGUAACUGGAAGGUCUACCCAACUUAUGACUUUGCCCACCCCCUCUGUGACAGUAUAGAGGAUAUUUCACACUCCCUUUGUACCACGGAGUUUGAACUUUCUCGCGAAUCAUACGAAUGGUUAUGCGAUAAGCUAGACGUCUACAAGCCAAUGCAAAGAGAGUAUGGCCGCUUGAACAUAACCGGAACCGUUCUCUCCAAGCGUAAGAUUAUCGAGCUGGUUAAAAAAGGCUAUGUUCGGGAUUGGGAUGAUCCCCGUCUCUAUACUCUUAUCGCGUUGCGCAGACGCGGAUUUCCUCCCGGAGCUAUCCUCUCUUUUGUCAAUCAGCUAGGCGUAACCAAAGCUAAAAUCAACGUUCAAGUCGUCAAGCUUGAACAAACGGUCCGUCAAUACCUAGAAACCACUGUUCCACGUUUGAUGGUUGUACUCGAGCCGCUCAAGGUUAUCAUCGAUGAUCUCCCGGAUGAUUUUGUUGAAAUGGUCGAAGUGCCUUUCUCGAAGGAUCCAUCUUUCGGGUCCCGUAAGGUACCGUUCACAAAGGUAGUGUAUAUAGAGAAGUCGGAUUUCCGCGAGGUCGAUUCCCCCGACUAUUUCCGCCUAGCACCUGGUAAGACGGUUGGUCUAAUGAAAGCGCCUCAUCCCAUAACCGCAACUUCUUUUGAGAAAGAUCUAGAGACCGGGGAAAUUAUUUGUGUUCAUGCCAAGUAUGAGAAACCUGUUGAGGGAUUGCCAGUGAAGAAGGCAAAAACCUACAUUCACUGGGUCGGCGAGUCACCCGCCCACAGCAGUCCUAAACGUGCAGAGGUUCGCGCGUUUAACCAGCUAUUCAAGUCGGAUGAUCCUUCUGCCCACCCAGAUGGCUUCCUGGCAGACAUCAACCCCGACUCCGAACAAAUAUUUACGAACUCUUUUAUCGAAACUGGAUUCGACGAGGUCUGUCGGUCUGCUCCUUGGCCGAAAGAACAGAACAAGGAGAGCGGUGAAGGAGAGGGUGAGACCAAAGCAAAGGAGGACGGGGACGCGAGUAUUGUGGAACCGUAUAGUAUUCGAUUCCAAGGCAUGCGCAUGGGCUACUUCACCGUCGACACAGACUCGAAGCCUGAUGCAAUUGUGCUAAAUCGGAUUGUUACAUUGAAGGAUAGCGCGGGAAAAUCUUGA